AUUCAAUUUCGAAUUUUUUGGUCAUCCGUAAUUGGCAUGCAUCAUUUUGUUUUAUUUCUGUUAGCUUUUCCAGAAGUUUCUACCGCAUUCUUCUUAGCUAGCCUGCCACUGCCAGUUUCUUCAUCACUCUACUAGUCUACUCUCUCUCUCUCUCCGUCUAUCGCUAGAUAAAGAGCGUUUCAAGAAUUGCAUACGAUGUCGUUUUUUGGAGGGAAAGAUCCAUUCGAUCACCCGUUCUUCACUCAGCCUUUCGGUGGCUUGUUUGGUGGGACGAAUCCGUUUGCUGAUCCGUUUUUCACCAGCAAUUUUGGUAGAAAUUCGGGUCCCCGCAAGCAAAUUUCCAUUGAAGAGCUGAACCCUGAUGAUGCUGGCGGCAAUGAUGCUAAAAGUGAACUCUCUGUUAAGAAUUGGAGUGAAUCUCCAUCAGAUUAUCAGAGCUUUAGCUUCCAGAGAGUCGCGUAUGGCGGGCCCGAUGGGAUGUACUACACCUCCUCUGUUGGGAAAAGGACUGGGGGAGAUGGGGUGUUUUUGAUGGAGAUGAAAGAAGAUGAUCAGAUGGUUGGGGAAUCACUGCAUACCAUUUCAAAAGGGAUACAUGAUAAGGGGCAUUCUGUUACAACCAAACAAUCAAAGGAUGGGAGAGUUGAUUCCUUGCAAACGUUGCACAAUUUAGAGGAAGAUGAGCUUGCUGGUUUCGAAGAAAAUUGGAAAACUAGUGCUGAGAAUGUGCUGCCUGGAUGGAGCAGUGGUUUCAAUUUACUCGAGAAUGCAGGUGCCAACAAUAGUGGGUGGGAUGAUUUUGGUGGUUGGGGUGGCUGGCCUUUCCAAUCUCUGGAGUAUUAUGGAGACGAUCACGGUGAAUCCCGGGAGCCAUCUUCUCGGAGAAUCGUCCCCGUAGAGUGAAGUCUCUUCCUUGAAUCUUUCUGGUAAAUAAACUGGUGCUGUUGCUACCAUAUCUAUUAUAUUAUGUAGAGACUGGAAUGCAUGCUGUGUUAUAUCAGUAGUAUAUUAAUUGUAUGUUUUGCUACUCAUGAAGUUGUUGAAUGACACAAAACCACCUUGUGUUAAUUAUAUAUUUUUAUAUAUACACAUACCAUAA